UUUGUUCAACUGUGUGUUACCGAGUGAUAGUGAACAAUAUCAUUAUGAAUUUAUUCACAAAACCACAAAAUGUAUCUGAUUGCUGUAUCAUCAUUUUUCAAAUGAUUUGCAAUUGAGCCGUCUCUGCUAAACUAAUAGAUUCCCUACAAAUCAAUCAAACGUCGUUAACCCGAUUUCUUGCUUGGGCUUUGCAUAAAAUUCCUUCAAAUGACUGAUUCGCCAUACAGUGAGGGUCGGGGUAGAGGCGAGUAAAAAGGCCAACAUCAUCCACCCACUUAGGAAUAUUAUUUAUGACUUGCGAAAAAGAAAACAAAAACAGCAGAAUCCCUGAACAUCCUCUGGCAGCAAAUGAUAGCCAGUAGCUGGGAUUGAGUGUGGUAGUUUGUGUGUCCCAACUCGAAGAGAGCCAUCAUACAAAGCAAAGAUGACCUUUAUGGCAAAGUGGGCGGACGAAAUCAGAGCGGUCGAAUAAAAGGAAUCAAAUUCUUCGGUUCGGUGUGAGUGAAUUCAAAAAAAAGAAAAAAGAAAAGAAAACUGAAGGAUCCAGUCCCAUCAAUAGAGGCACACGGCACAUCAUAGUGGAGGGUGCAUUUACAAUGAGGCCAUCGUGUAAAAUCUGAAUAGGAGAUUAGAUGAGUUCAGCAAUUCGUGCGCUUAUGCUAAUGGUGGCACUGCUGGCUGGGGCAUCGCUGGCGAUCAAAUGCCCGCCGGAGAAUACGCUGGCAGAAGGUGGGCCACGCCGAGUGAUUCUCGAUCUGGACGGAGGUGGCGAUGAUGCUUGGGCACUGGUGAUGCUGUUGUCCAACGAGGCAGAGUACAACAUUUGCGUGCAGGCCGUCACUUGCUCGCACGGCAAUGCUCGCGUGUCGGACGUGCUGGUGAAUGUGUUGCGCAUACUCGAUAGUUUGGAUCGGCUCGAUGUGCCGGUGUACGUUGGAGCCAGUGAGCCACUAAUUACGCCCGGUCCGAACCGAAACACUUCUCACUAUUUCUGGGGCAACAAUGGCUUUGGAGAUGUCGAGUUUGAAGGGGACUUCGCGGUGGACUCGUUGGUGUCGCUGCAUGCAGUGGAGGCGAUGAACGAACUGUUUGAAAAGUAUCCCAACAAGAUCACAUUGCUCGCUGUGGGACCUCUGACGAAUGUAGCGCUGCUGUACAAAAUGUAUCCAGAGACGAGGGAUAAAAUCGGUGACUUGUACAUUCUGGGAGGAAACCGUCAUGGUGUGGGCAAUACGGCACUGGCAGCCGAGUUUAACUUCUUUCGCGACCCAGAAGCAGCCCAUAUUGUUCUGAACAACUCGCCCAAGAUCGUGCGCGUGUUUCCGUGGGAAACGGUCCUGCUGCAGACGUUUACCACCAGAUGGCGCUUCGAGACGUUCAAGCACACGACGAACCCUGCCGUAGAGCUGCUGAACCAGGUGGAAUAUGUAGUGUACGCGCGGGAGGAAAUAUGGACCCCGUGUGAUAUGUAUGUUGCGGCGAUCUUCCUGAAUAGCAGCAUUCUCCGGACGGUGAAGACGUAUCGCGCCGAGGUAGAGCUGACGGGCAGGGUGACCAGAGGAAUGAUGGCCAUACUGCAUCACGUUAAAGACAGCAGUCAGCACAAUGUGGCCGUCAUAGAUGAGAUUGAUACGGAAGAAGUGCAGCGCAUGUUGGUUGCAUUAAACCUCAAGUAGCAGUUGUAACAUUUGUUGUAGCAAGACGCUUCUAGCGACAGGAUACAGCCAUGCAGCGCAAAAGGAAGCAUCCAUUCGUAGCAUUUUUAUGUGCGAUGAAUAAAUUGUAGCAGUUACUAAUUAAAUGAUUUACCAUCCGGAACGGUAGCAUACGAGUGAAUUGUGUAUGCGCUAGUGGAUUCUUUUCAAUUUGUCGCCGCGUUCUACACAACCCAGCAUUCGUUGGAUUAUCACACUGAACGCUUGUUAGCUGGGGGUUUGCAUUUGUUGUUACCUUAUGUCCUGCAGCUACAAAAAUGCACCAUGCUAUCUCGUCGCAUGCGAGCUUACCAUGCGAACACGCGUUAACCACGUAAAUUCUUUCAUAUCAUCGAGGUAUUGUUGGUCACGAAACAAGACCGCGCGCGCAAAAAGCGUAAAUUCAUUUUAUCCUUCAGAAAUGCGAUGAUUUACAACGGCCAGAGCUAGAGCAGGAUGAGUUGAUGGGAUGGGGAAUUUCAUUCGCGCGCGUGUGUGUGUUGUUUGUGUUUAAUAUGCUUAUCUAAAUAUAAAAAUGUCAGAUAUGUAUUAUGAAAUUAAAAUAUCCAACAGGAAGAUGCAUGGAAAUGGUAAUGAAAGGAAA